AAAAUCAUAAACCAUCACCAACGGUCUACUAAUCACAUGGCGCCGAUCAAAUUAUUUUGAAAACCAAAACCCCAUUUGUCUCCUUCUUCCCCAAAGAUUCCACCUUUUAAAUACCAUCUUCUGAAUCUCAAAACACACUGACCUUUCAAAUGGGGAAUUGUUCUCUCAAGGGAGCCGUCGACGAAACCAAUUCCAUCAGGGUUUUAACAGACGCCGGCCAAAUCAUCGAUUUCAAGGGCCCCAAACUUGCUCGUGAGAUCACAAAUGGUUUUCCAGGUUAUGGUAUUUGCAGAAGAGGCCAAGCUUCAACCCCAUUGCCUGAAGAUGAACGCUUGGUGAAUGGGGGGUUUUAUUAUCUUCUUCCCCUGGAGAAGUUUCAGAAAAAUGGUGACAAAGAAGGCGUUGAGAAAGUCGAAGUGGAUCGUGUCGAUCGGGUUGAGCCGCCGAAGAUGUCCUCGGCCGAUUUCGUCGAGAAUUUCUCCAGUGGGUCGUCGUCGUCUUCGUCGGCGUCGGCCCUUGAAGUGUUGUCGUCAGAGAAGAAUGGGGUUUGGAAAGUGAAGUUGGUGAUCAGCAGUCAGCAACUGGAGGAUAUUCUGUCGCAACAAGUGAACACCGAGGCGUUGAUCGAGAAGAUGAGGAUGGCUGCGGCGGCGAACUCGGCUGUCGUGACUCCACGGCGGAGCAAGUGGUUUUGGGUGGUGUCGCGGAAGAAGCCGGCCGUGUCAAGCUUGUUUAAGGUUGCCGUUGAUAAGAAUAAAUCACCAUAGCUUGAUUGAAAAAAAAAAUGCUUAGUAGCUUAAGCAUAUUCUUGUACAUACAAUGCUAUGAUUAAUUAAAAAUUUUCAAAAACCAUUGUUGGUU